CACUCAUAAUAAUUCCCGGCCAGUUGUUGUCAGAUUCCGGCCACCCCAUUUAUAUAUACCCCACCUCCCUUCUCUCUUCCUUUACCAUCCUCCUCCUCUUCCCAUCACAUUUUCUCUCUCUCUCUCUCUCUCUUUGAGCUACUAUUACUUGAAAGAAAUUCAAGAAUUUAAAGAAAAAUUAUACAAAUAAGGAAUCAUCUGUUUUUCUUUAAGGACCUUCGGAGAAUUUCUUUGAAGACAAACACGUAGGCACAUUACAUGUAUGUUUCUUUUCUUCUAUCUAAUGUACAUGGCCAUAUCAACAACAGUAGUUUCUUUGUACUUGUUUCUUGACUGACUCGUGUCAUUACUAUACACUGUUGAUUGAAUAGAAACAGAAAGAGGUUCCAAACCUAUUAUACAUACUCAAUAUAUAUAUAUAUGUAUAUACACCCACCCCCUCCCUGCGUACUUUAGCAGCAACCCACUAUCUCUACUGCCUAGGUUACCUUGGCUAUAGUAUAUAGCCCGCCCGGUAUCUUUCUCUUUUUGUGUUCUUUCUACGGGUUAUUUUUUUGGGUAAUUUCUUUUUGAAGAUGAAUAGAGCAUUGUUGCCGGAGAUGUUGCACUGCACGGACUUGACAGUUCUUGAAAGACAAAGGGCUCGUUUGAAAUGGCAACAAGAACAGCAACAUCUUCAACUAGAACAACAUCAGCAUCAGCAUCAGCAUCAGCAUCAUCAAGGGGAGAAUUAUUUUCUUGGUGAUUUAAGUGGGGUGUUUCAAUUGCAGCAGCAGCAGCAACAGCAACAAGGUUUUCAGGGUGAUCUUGGUGAGGUUGUGAUCCGCUCUGUGAAGCCUGACCCUGGUUUCUUAGAUAAUGGAUGCUGGAGUAAUACUUCUAGUACUGAUCUGGUUGGCUAUGGUCCUUGCGGGUUUGGGAAUAUGAACUUUGCUAUUUCUAGGACUUCUAGCUGCCCGCCCACCGUGGCAGAUGCUGGGCCGGUUUUAGUCAAAGGCAGAGAGUCUGUUGUUUCAGAGAAAUUGACUUGUGGAGUUGGUAGUGAGAGUACCAAGAAAAGAAAGGUUGAUAAGGUCCAGAAUAAUACAAAGGUUGUUGCAGAAGAUGACAACUGCAGGGACAAAAGGAUCAAAGUAUGUGCAGAAGAAGGAGAGUCAAAGAUGAUCACUGAGAAAAAUAACAAUAAUAAAAGCAGUAGCAGCAAAAACAGUAACAAGGAAAAUUCUGCUGAGACUUCCAAGGAUAAUUCAAAAGUAACUGAGGUUCAAAAGCCUGAUUACAUUCAUGUCCGGGCACGACGCGGUCAAGCCACUGAUAGCCAUAGCUUGGCUGAAAGAGUGAGAAGGGAAAAAAUCAGUGAGAGAAUGAAGUAUUUGCAAGAUUUGGUGCCAGGAUGUAACAAAAUUACAGGAAAGGCGGGCAUGCUUGAUGAAAUCAUUAACUAUGUUCAAUCUCUUCAACGACAAGUAGAAUUCUUGUCGAUGAAACUAGCUGCUGUCAAUCCAAGGCUUGACUUUAACAUCGAUAAUUUGAUUGCAAAAGAGACAUUUCCUCCUUGUCCAACCAAUUUUCCAGCGAUUGGGUUGUCAUCAGAUAUGACUAAUCCUGCCUAUCUUCAGUUUAACCCUGUACAACAGCAGCAGCAGCAACAACAACAGCAACAACUAGUGACAUGUUGUGGAUUGGAUAUGGGGAUAAAUAAUCCUGAUAUGGGGAUUAGAAGAACCAUUAGUGCUCCCGUGUCAAUCCCUGAAUCCUAUAUUGACUCGUCAUGCUUCAAUCAAAUCCAGCCCUCGUCAACAUGGGAUGCUGAUCUACAAAAUCUUUACAAUGUAGCUUUUGAUCAAGGAAGAUCAACAUCCUUCCCAACUCAGCCAUUUACAGGUGCCAUUGACGCUGGCAAUCUGAAGAUGGAGAUGUGAAUCAGAAUAUAUUGAUUAUUUUUAUGAUUCUUGGAACAGAUUAUUCUAAAUACCCUUUGAUCCUCCUGCUGAUUCUUUUUAUUUUCCUUUCUUUCUAAGUACAUACCGUAUAUAUUUGUAUCUAUACUCGCAACAUAAUAUGAAUAAAUCCAUACCUAUUAACAUGAAA